AAAGAAAAGGCGGACCAGGAGGGGCAGGGGGUGGGGUUAGGUGGUGAUCCAGAAAGAGAUUCAAAAAUUGCCUGUGUAUCUGUGAGGGGUGCAGUCAAAAAAAGAGAGUGAGGGUGGGCUGUUACUGUAGAUGUGAUUCUCACGAGACCAACUACAGCAACUGUAAACUAAGAGGAAAAAGAAGAUCCAACUUGUCACAGUGUAAACCCAACACCCCAUGGACACCAGGGUUUCACUGCAAGUCUAAACCAAACGUACACCUCACCAAUUGGGCAUCAUGUCAACCGGCCCUGGCCUUGUUGCACCUGACCUGGCCGAGGGCCCCCAGACCACAGGACCUGUUGGGCUCCAGACCCUGUUGGACCUACUGGUGGGUGUCUAUCAGGAGUUUUACUCCUCACCCUUUGCAAGGGAGAAGUAUGUCUCUGGUUUCCUGCAAUGGGCUGAGCCCUUGGUGAGGCAGGUGAAGAAGACUCGCAUCAAAAGAGAAGACUUUCUCAUCCUUAAGGUGAUUGGCCGAGGCACAUUCAGUGAGGUAGCUGUGGCGAGAAUGCGAAGCACACAACAAGUGUACGCUAUGAAGAUUAUGAAUAAGUGGGACAUGCUGAGGCGAGGAGAGACAGCAUGUUACCAGGAGGAGAGGGAGGUUUUACUGAAGGGGGACAGACGCUGGAUCACAGAAUUGCACUAUGCCUUUCAGGAUGACAACUAUCUGUACCUGGUGAUGGAUUACUAUGUUGGGGGGGACCUGUUGACACUGCUCAGUAAAUUUGGAGACCGGAUCCCUGAGGACAUGGCUCAGUUCUACCUGGCUGAGAUGGUCAUGGCCAUUGACUCUGUCCACAGACUGGGUUAUGUUCACAGAGAUAUCAAACCUGACAACAUCCUGCUGACAGCUGAUGGACACAUCAGACUAGGGGACUUUGGUUCCUGUCUGAGGCUCCUAGAGGAUGGGAUGGUUCACUCGUCCCUAGCAGUCGGGACCCCUGACUAUUUGUCUCCAGAGAUUUUAAGAGCAGUAGAAGGAGGCGGAGGUUAUGGUCUUGAAUGUGACUGGUGGGCUUUGGGUAUCUGUGCCUAUGAAAUGCUGCUGGGAACCACGCCUUUCUACGCAGAGUCCAUCUCUGAAACAUAUGCUAAGAUCAUCCACUUUCAGGAGUAUUUCGAGUUCCCUCCAUCUGGUCCUGAGAUUUCAGACAAUGCUCGAUCCUUCAUCACUGGACUCAUCUGUGAGAGGGAAAUCCGUCUGGGGAGGAAAGGCUCCAGUGACUUCAGAGGCCACCAGUUCUUCUGUGGACUAGACUGGGGUUCCCUGCAUAAACUCUCUGCCCCCUUCCUACCCGAAGUAUCCAAUCCAACUGACACCUCCAACUUUGACAUUCUGGAUGACUGUCUUAGUGAAAUGGAAACGCUGUCUGAUGUAAUGGACAGAGCACCAAUAGGUGUACACUUGGCUUUUGUUGGAUAUUCUUACACCGCUACCAGUCAGACAGGUGCCAUGGACCGCAGUCAAGACAUCAUGAUGCAGAUUGACCCCACGAGGCUCAGGGAGUGUGAGAGUCUGUACGUGCCAGAAAAACUGAGCCAGCUGUUGCAUCUCACAGAUACUCUACCAGAUGACCUCCCUGCGUUGCUGGAGCUCCCACUCGCUCUGGAACAAGGUCGUGCUGCAUCCACCCACACCACCACCGAGGAGGAGGAGGACACUGACGAAAUAUCAGGACUUGAUGAAGACUUGCAGCGCAGGUUACAAGUAGCAGAGAGGAGAUAUUGUGAACUGGAGAAAGAAAUGGAGAGAUUGAAGGGGGAGAUGCAGGACUGGAGAACCCCCAAGAAAACAGAGGAGGAGAGCACCCCCAGCCUGCCGUUACCCGCUGGUGAUUCCUCUCCACCGUCACCUGCUCCUGUUCCACAGGGUACAGACAAAAUCCAAAACUGUAAUCAGUCAUUUGCUUUCUUUGGUUUUGAAUGUAAUACUGACAUUUUUAUGCCGUUGAUGUGUUUUGUAGUUGUAUGUGGGAGAUUACUUCAUCACCAGUGGUCUAGUGUUUAGUAUUCAGUUCUUUUACUUAAGUAACAGUAACAAAACCACAAGUGUGUACAUCCAAUAAGCAAAAGUAAGAGUACUCAUUAUGCAGUCUACUGACACCUCCUGUCAGUGUGUAUUUUUAUAUUGUUUAACUCUUGUUUGUUAUGCAUUACUGUGUAAACAGGAUUUUAAUGCUGCAGCUGGCCGGGGUGGAGCUAAUCUUUACUUAAUGAGCAAUUUAAUCUAAGAAUGCAUCAUAUUUUAUAAACUGCUUAAUGGUUUUGUAUGUACAAACCUUAAUCUGCAAAGUACCGGGUAGAAAUAGCUGUCAAUUUUUUCUAAUAGAUUAAAAAGUGCAAUUUUUUUUCUGGAAGUAAAUUGUCCUAAAAUGUUAACACUCAAGUAAAGUAAAAAUAAAUAAUUUGCUAACUAAUUUUCAACAAUAUAUACUAUUCAAAGGAAAUGUUAAUGUGACUGGAUUACAUUUUCUAUUAACAUAAUAAGAAUAUGCUGAUUAUUCAUGUAUUUGGCAAGUUGCAAAAAUGUUGAUACUGACUGUAUCAGUAAACAACAGACAACAACAUUAAACUUUUUUAUGGUCCUGUUUAGACUCACACAACACUCGGUUAAGGUUAGGGAAAGAUCGCGGUCUGGUUUAAUACAGAAAAAAUUCACAGUGACUUCAGACACAACUCUGGAUGUGAACUCUGGUGUCUGGUGUGACAGUUGUGUGCUUUGUACAACCCCUAUCCACUCCAACCACCUACUGGAGAUUUAGCUGCUGUUAAUAAAUUUAGAGCUUCAUUCAUUCAUUCAAUCAUUCCAAAAAAACAAAAAAAAAACACUGCCUAUGCACGUAAUCGAGCCAGCAAUUACAUUUCAACUAUAACUUAAUUGGGAACAGUUUAUUAGUAUAUGAACAUAAUGUCAAGGAGACAGGGUUGUUGUGCAUUAAUAUAACACCUUAAUCAUGGAGUUUGGUGACCAGGAAAUUCCCAGCAUAGCUCCAUACCAACCGAGUAGAGUCUAAUCUGCCACAGUAACUGUAAACAUCUGAGUAUGGGCUUUUAA